UCAGUGGGUGCUUCCUGUGGGUGAACACACGUGUGUUUCGGGGAAUUUGCUCUGUAGUUAAAGAAGAGUUUAUAUUAUUAAUAAAGUGACUCUGGUUUCACUGCUGAAGCAGAUUUAUUAGCACCAUGGGAGCGAAACAGAAGAAGAAGAAGACGCCCAGCUUCCGCAAGCUCCUCAAAACCAGCAGCGUGAAGCUGGAGAACAAGCUAAAGAAUCAACAGUUCAGGCAGCAGAACAAAGCAAAGAAACAACGCAAGGAGCAGAGGAAGCUCCGCCAGGCCAUCGGCGACGUCUCGCACCGGACGCUGAAACCACUAGAGCGUUACCAUAAGAAAGCGGGGGAGGAAGAGGAUGAGGAGGAAUUCCUGGAGUCGCUGCCCACAGACAUGAUGGAGGAGGACGACCUGGAGCAGAUCAGAUCCAUGGCGGCUAAAAGGGCGUCCUUCAUCACCAGGGACCUGUCCUCCUGCGCUCCAGUUCACGCCAAGAAGCGCAAGUCGGACCAGGUGCUGGAGAAGUACGAGAAGGUUCCCCGAAAAAUGAAGCAGCAGGAGGAGGAGAAGGAGGUGGUUCAUCUGCUCCCCAUCAAGGACAAACGAGGGCUCAUCCCACAGACCAUGGAGAAACCUGUGGUGAAGAAAGAGGAGGAGGAAGAGGAGGAGAACGAUGAAGAGGAACUUAAGGAUCAAGAUGAUUCAGAGCAAGAUGCAGAUGAAGCUCCCAGCUUCCUGUCGCUGAGCCCUGAGGAGCAGAUGAAGCUUCGCUCGCAGAAGCUGAUGGAGAGGAAGCUGCGGAUCGCCAGCCUGGGGUCAGCCGUCCUGGCCGAUCCCGAUUCCAACAUUAAGAAGCUGAAGGAGCUGAGGGCCAUGCUGAUGGAGACGGACCCCUGCGUGGCCGUCACGGUCCGGAAGCUGGUCAUGGUCUCGCUCAUGGAGAUCUUUAAAGACAUCGUGCCCUCAUACAGGAUCCGCCCGCUGACCGAGGAGGAGAAGAACACCAAGGUGAAGAAAGAGACGCAGCAGUUGCGAGAGUUCGAGGAGGGACUCGUCAGCCAGUAUAAAUUCUUCCUGGAGAAUCUGGAGCAGACCAUCAAGGACUGGAAGCAGAAGAAGCUGAAGGGCAGCCGGGCCGUGUCUCUGGCCUCCUAUAAGGGUCUGGCUGAGGUGGCCAUCAGGUGCAUGUGUGAGCUGCUGGUGGCGCUAUCGCACUUCAACUUCCACAACAACAUCAUCGUGGUGGUGGUGGCGCUCAUGAGCGAACCCUGCAGAAAGGUGUCUGAAAUGUGCUGUGAGGCCGUCAAGAAGCUCCUGAGGCAGGACAAGCUGGGUCAGGCCUCACUGGCCACGGUGAGGGUCAUCUCAGGCAUGGUCAAGGGCCGGAACUACAACGUCAAACCUGAGGUGAUGAAGACGUUACUCUGUCUGAGGAUAAAGGAAGUAGAAAUGAAGAGAGACACGGAGGACCUGACGCCCAAGCAGAAGACCAUGAACUUCCAAGAGAAGAAGAAAAACCUGUCCAGGAUGCAGCGCAAGUGGAGGAAAGCUGAAGAGAAGCUGCAGAAAGAGCUGCUGGAGGCCGAGGCGUCCGAGAGUAAAGACAAGAAGAUCAAACUACACACCGAGACCCUGAACAUGGUGUUCCUCAUGUACUUCAGGAUCCUGAAGAAAGCUCAGAAGUCCGCCCUGCUCCCCUGCGUUUUAGAAGGGCUCGCAAAGUUCGCUCAUCUUAUUAAUCUGGAGUUUUUUGACGAUCUGCUGUCGGUUCUUCAUGGAUUAAUCACGUCUGGAGAUUUGUCGUACCGUGAGAGUCUCCACUGCAUCCUGACCGCCUUCCACAUUCUCUCAGGUCAAGGCGAAGUGUUAAACAUCGACCCCCUGAACUUCUACACCCACCUGUACAGAACCCUGCUGACGCUGCACGCGGGAGCGUCGAACGAGGACACGUCCAUCGCGCUGCAGUGUGUGGACGUGAUGCUGAGCAAACGCAGGAAGCAGGUCACGCUGAACAGAGCGCUCGCCUUCGUUAAGAGGCUCAACACGCUCGCCCUGCACGUCGUGCCCGACGCCGGCGUGGGCAUCCUGGCGGCUAACCGAGCGCUAGUGCACACGUUCCCUAAGUGUGACAUCCUGCUGGAUAACGACAUGCAGGGCAGCGGCGUGUACCUGCCCGAGCUGGACGAGCCCGAGUACUGCCACCCACAGAGUACCUGCUUAUGGGAGCUGCACACGCUUAAGAGACAUUACCACCCCAUGGUGAGGAAAUUCGCCUCUCAUCUCUUGGUUGGAGCUCCAAGUGAAGGAUUUGGUGCUCUCAGCUUAGAAUUAAGCAGAAGAUCACCGGUGCAGCUCUUUGAAGAUUACAGUGUAAAGGACAUGACCUUUAACCCACCGGUUGCAGCAUCGUCAUCAAGAAAGAAGGAACGUUUCACCAUCGGUGAUGCCUUCCUGGAUCCGGGGCUGAAGCAGCAGAUGGACGCGGCUCUCGGGCGGGGCGACGGCUCACCGCUGGACUUCGCCGCUCACCUGGCGCCGGCGUGACUCCGUACACACACACAAAUAAAAACCUUCACUGUUUUAUUCAGCCGCUGUUAAAAACUCUUCAUUAUAAACACGGAGACCCCGGCGGACGUUUAUUUAGAUUGAACUCAUGCCCUGCCGAUUCACCCCGAAGGUAAAAAGCUCAGGUGGAGAACGGGACAAAAUAACGGAAACACGUCAUCGCUCGGUGCUGAACGUCCUCUAAGAACAGGGAUGAUACAGAGGGGUAAAUGCUUUACCCUCCCAACUUCUUUAAAUCAUUUAUUAAUAAAAGAAAUAAAGUCGACCAGACAGAAAAUCUCAGCUUCAUCCUGUCAGCAGACAAAUAAAAAAGGAAAUAAACGAAA